AUGUCCUUUCUCCAGAAUCUGUUGAAAGCUUUGCAAGACAAUGUUACGAGACUGGAACAUGAAGUCGAACAACAUCAUCUGGGGACGCCUCAAAUCUGGGAUGCGGGAGCGUCUUCAGCAUUCGACAACCCAGAGCAUCUAAUACCUUGGACGGCAUUCGAGGCCAUUGAAAAGAUCCGUGUCGAUCUACGUGCUCUGGAGGCUGCAGUCACCCCAAGUCACGUCAAGCUGCUCGAACUGGGACUGCGGCCGGCGAGGACCAGUGCGCUCAACGUGGCUGUCUCACUAGGCAUUACGGAUGCGAUAGAAGAGCUAGGGGGAAGUGCCAGCCUCGACAAGCUGGCUGAAAGACUGUCCGUGAACGAGCACAAACUCGGCCGAGUCAUUCGUACCCUCGCAACCGAUUUCAUUUACCAGGAGACAUCGCCAGACAUGUUCAAGAAUACGAAGCACAGCAAGAAUCUAAAUAAAUCCGGCAGCUCGGCUCGGUUCCUCUCUUUGUUGUAA